UUGAGAGUGGGUGAGGAGAGGCAGGUUGUCCCCAGAAGCUCGGAGGGCUUUGGUGUUUGCAGGUCCAGCACUGCUGGAAAGUAGUGGAAGGAAUAAGAUGCGUUGGACCACAGGGGUAUGCAAGGACGGCAGGCGAGGAAUGCUCACACCAGGCCACCAGCUUCUGGAAGGUGUGGCUGAGAAACAGGGACAAACAUGCUGUUCCCACGUCUUUGCUGGUGGAGCUGACACUCCCAGUUAAGCCCAAGACAAAAGGCAUCAUCUUCCACGGUGAGGUUGGGAAAGCAACCUUCUGCAAGAAGAGACGGGCUCCACCUCCUUCCUGCUCCAUGGUGGGCAUCCAGCUCCCUCACCGAGAGCUGCGGGACUCGCUCCAUCUCCAGGCACUGCAGCUCCUGCUCCUCCUGGGCAUCUCAGAGAUGCAAGACGGAUGCACGAUGGCUGCAGCCAUCCAUCCAAUAUCCGACCCCACCGACGUGAGCUCCUCACCCCCAGCAGGGCUUGAGGCACAGCCCAAAGUUGGGGAAAGGUUGGCUUGCACAUGAACCAGUUGAUGGACUCAAAGAGCAGCCUCAGCACAGAGUGACACAAAGAUGUCAGAAAAAACAAGGGUGCUGUCAGGGAGGACGGGUCAGCAGAGUCACCAUCCCAAGGCGGAGAGUAGGAAAUGACUGAGGGGUGAGAAAGAAGCCAAACCUGGUCCUUAUUACACCAAAUGCUGGUCUCCUGUGCCAGCUAACGCACCCCGAGGAAUUAAGGCUGUUGCAAUGCUGCUGUGUCGGCAGGAUGAAUUGCAGGCGGCUGCUGCCUGCUUUGCUGAUGGAAGUUAGAAAUUGUCUCCCCUUGGCUCAGAUGGUGUUUGGAGGUCGGUUAUCACCGGCCGAGGUGGAGGUGCCCAGGGAGUGAACCCCUCCUUGGUGGGGAGAGCUUGUCCUGGACCUGCUGCUUCUGGUGAUGAAAGCAUUGGGAGCGUGGCCAUCUGGCAGCCACCGUGGCAAGCAGCCCAGGAGAGCCCGGGACUGUUUAGAGAAGCUCCAGGAGCCUCCGGCUGGGGACUCUUCCUGGCUUUGCAUCAUUGCAAACGCCUGGCCAAACCAGAGGAACGUGGACCACAGGGGACCAGUCAGUAUUGGACCAUCCUUUGGAGGUCUGUCGCAGUGCAUGGGCGAGGAGGCAGAGAAGUGGCUGCUAUAAAUCAUUUGGGCUUUGGGCAAGGCUUGUGAUAAGGCUUCCUGAGAAACCAUGUAAUCGUGUGAGGAGAAGCUGGAAACCAGCCGGUGCCUGUGAUGGACCCUCAGGUGCAGCACCAACACGUUCUGUUGGUCUCUUCGUUAUUUUCCUGGAAAGAAAAGGAAGGUCGAUGCUUGCGGACAAUACAACCGUGCUCCCUGAUGGAUGAGUUGAAGUCAGCCCAUGCCAGCUCUUGAGGCACCAUGGCUAGGAAGAGAUGGGGAGAUGUAUGGAAGAGCUGAAUUUCCCCAACAUCCUUCAGCAGCAAAACAGGUUGAGGAGGUUCCUUCCUGCUUGCCUCGGUGCACUGCUUUCCAAACCAGAGUGGGAAAACCAGCAGUUUUUAAACCAACCUCCAGAAGGAUGGUGAGUUAGGUCUGGAUUAUUCUCCUGAUGCGGUUUUGAGCGCAGCUCCGUGAGCGGCUGAGCUGGGCAGUGGAGGGAUGUGGAUGGAGAUCGGCUCAGGGACAAUUGCGGUGCCCCUUUGAAAACAGGGAGGCUGUGCCACGGUUCAGAGGCAGCAUGAAGAUGCCCUUGGAGGCAGGAUGGGCGCUGACCUAUUCUAGUCUGGUCACUCCCAUGCCUUUGGGUGUACUGGUCAGCACAUAUGACACACUCCAGGACUGGGAACCAGUGGGAGCCAGGCCCCCUGCUAGGCUGUGGUAGCAUGGAAAGCUGUCUCUCCUGCCAGAUACACCAAAACACCCACCAUCUGGGAACAUCUUCCACUGGGAUGCACUGAAUUGAGCCUGGGCUGGCCCCGCUGUGGCCAGCGAAGAGGUUGAUGACCGUGCCAGGCAUGGGCUCAGCUCCCCCUCAGCAUUACCCGUGGCUGUGGAGGCUCCCUGGAGAAGGGCAGCCCCACACAGGGUGGGGAUGCCCCAGCUCUGGGCUUGCUCCAGGAGUGAGACCACACUGGGAUAGCCCACAAAACCUACUCCCUGAGCAGCCUCGACGCUGAAGUCUGGCUUGUGGUUAUGUCUGAGGGUUUCAUUGUGCUGCUGGAAGACCUGGAGGCUUCAACCGAGGCUGGUCUGUGCUGUAAGUGGGGCACAGCCUCCAGAGACAGUAGCUGAGGAAGGAGAAAUCAUUACCUCCAAUUAACUGGGGAGCAGAAAGUUGCCCCCAGUUAGCACCAGUUGCACAGGAGCAUGUGGCACAUCAAGGGACCAAGCUGUGGCACUGGUCACAGCUCGCAUCUCUAAUGGACCUGCUGGGCUCUGGAUGGGCAAAGACCCCACUGAGAAGCUUCCCCCGUGCUCCUCAAUCACCCCCAGGGGUUAUGCAAGCGAGGAGUGGAGCAAUACAGGGAUACUGGAUUUACCAGCCCUCCUCCCACUCCGAGCAGCCUAUAAUUAAGCCAUGCACAUAAUGAGUUUUGGCAAAGUUCGGGUGCAGCCUGCCCAUGAAGCCCUCAGUGGCACCACGCUCCUCCCUCCCCUCCGCACCCCCAGGGAACCCACAUAUAGCAGGGAGUGCCAGGGAGCACCAUCAUUCCCAACCUGCUCUCCGGGACGCUCUGAAACGCCCAGCCCGCCGUCUACGGGAUGAUGAAGACCUGGAUCCUCCUUGUCGGGGCAGGAAUAGCCCUGGGCUGCGUGUCUGGCAACCUGUACACAGCUCCUGACUCCUGCGAGGGACGCUGCGAGGAGCCCUACAGCGAGGAGGACGAGUGCCACUGCAACGCCGAGUGCGAGAGGUACCGCAACUGCUGCGAGGAUUACUACAGGCACUGCCAACCCGGUGGAGAAUGGACCAGGGAAGCAGCUCACACCCGCGAGGGUUUCUCCAGCAGCCGGGAUGCCAUCACCGACGAGGACCUCCUGCGCAUCUCGGAGCAGCUUUACAGGGCGGAUCACAACAAAGCCCGGCCGACCGACAUCGCCAUUAACCCCCAGUACGAGGCCUCCCCCGACGAGACGGAUGACCAGGAGGACCGCUCCCCGCAGCCGCUCUACAAAUACGUCAAUGAGGAGCUCUUCUCCAAACCCACCUACGCAAGCUUCAUUAAACUGCUGGACAACUACCAGAGGGUGACUGGCAGGGAGGAGGACGUGACAGCGGAGGAGCUGAGGGAGCAGGACAACUUCCUCAAGGAGGUGAUGAAAACCGAGCUGAUGAAGAAACUCUUCGCCUUCCUCCACAAAAAAAACCGCUACGGCUCCGAGCAGGAGUUUGUCGCCGAUUUGAAGGAGAUGUGGUUCGGCCUCUAUUCCAGAGGCGAUGGCGAGCAGGACUCCAGUGGCUUCGAGCACGUCUUCUCAGGGGAGGUAAAAAAAGGGAAAGUGUCUGGAUUUCACAACUGGAUUCGCUUCUACCUCCUUGAAAAGCAGGGCAUUGUCAACUACUUCAGCCACAACUUCAACGGGCCGUGGGACACCUACCCCGAUGUGCUGGGGCUGCAGUUCAGCUGGGACGGCUUUUACAAGGAGGUGGGCUCUGCCUUCAUCGGCUGCAGCCCCGAGUUUGAAUUUGGCCUCUACACGUUGUGCUUCAUUGCGCGUCCCGGGAGGGCAUGUCACCUGAGCCUGGGCAGCUACAGCCUCAGCAUCCAGACCUACCCCUGGACCAAAACCACCUACGGCAACGGCAAGAAGUACAUCGCCACCGCCUAUGUGAUCUCGCCCUGAGGCUGGGAGGCGAGGGGUGACUGCAGCCCCGCUCUGGGGCCCUGGGCUGCCCCACGCCAGGAGCUCGUGGCACUGGUCAGGACUGGUCCUGCUGUGGGAGGUGGAUGGCCGUGCUGCAGGACCAGUGCAGAGUACCGGAGGGAGCUGGGCAGGAUGGUGGUGGCCGUGCCCUGCAUGGAGGCAGCGAGGGGAUGGAGGCAGCAGCCUCAGCACCCCCAAGUCCCAUCAAAUGUCGUGUUCCCCAGUCGCAGCAGAAGAACAGGGAGAAGGGGGGGACUUGCAGUGGAAAGUAGCACACCCGAGCAAAAUAAAUACUGACCCUGGA